AUGAAGGACAACGAGUUCACCCGAAUCUACCAGCAUCUCGGCAAUUUGCGUGAGGCGUGCAAGCGGAACGGAGUUGCUCUACCAGAGAACGUCUACGCUGCUUCCACCGAGAUGUCGUCGGCGCUAGCCGCCUCAGAUGGUGACGAAGUGGCCGCUUUGAACUUGCUGACCGCCAAAUUCAAACGAGGGAGCAAACGGGGGAAUUCGGCGGCGGAUACCACAGCGGAAAAGAGACGACGAACCGAAGGCAAGGAUACCACGGCACCGGGACAAGAUGUUGGCAGUGAAGAAGAGACCCCUCUGGACAUGGAAGAAGAUGAAGCAGACGACGAAAGCGGUGAGUUCGAGCAGGAAGGAGAAAACGGAGACAGCUCGCCGCAGAAAUUGUCGCGGUUGUCCGAAGAUGUCCGCAAGAAGCCUGCUGCAGUCGCGUCGAAUCAAGUUAUUGUGGACGCCUUCACGGCCUAUGGUGAUCAACAGCUACAUCGAGGCCACACGGGCAAGGGGGUCACGCACCUACGAGCUGCACUUGCCAUUCGAGACUACCCUCAUGCCAUUACUUCGGGCGCUGAAGCUCGCGCUGUGCCAAUGGUAGGGGUCAAGAUGGCCAAGCAAGUGGAGGAAAUCUUGUCGUCCGGCGAACUCAAGGACGAAACACCGUGGCUGAACGUUAGCACCGCAGACGUGGAGCAGCACUCGCCUCCCAGAUUGGUGCGGGAGGUGCGUGAUUCGCAGGCGAAGUGCCCAGAGAACCAAGCGCUAGUGGACGAGUUGGCCAAGUUCGGGGAGCACGAGCUGUAUUUUCGUAGUGGCAGUAAGGGGACGACUCACCUUCGCGCUGCCAGAGCGCUCCAGCUAACCGACCAGGUUGUCACGUCUGGAGACCAAGCUCGCCGCACGGUGCCCCUCGUCGGACGAACUAUUGCUGACAAGAUCGAUCAAAUUCUCAAGCACGGGCGCAUUGUCAACGACAGUCCAGUGUCGAGCGGCGUUCAACCAGCUCCGAUCGUGGUGGACCUUCGAGAGAACCCGGCAGUUCGACCUGAGAACCAGCGCAUUGUUGACGCUCUGGUUGACUAUGGCGACAGUCACCUUCAUUCCGGCCACCGGGGCAAAGGAAUAACCCACUUACGAGCAGCUCGAGCCAUCCGCGACGCCGAUGUGGUGGUGACGUGCGGUAAGGACGCGGUCGAGUCGAUCAAGCAAGUUGGGGCUCGAGUUGGUGAAACGAUCGACCGGCUUUUGGAGCAGGGCAACGCUGAUACUGACGAGGAUGAGGAUGUCAGUCAAACUGAUGAAGGCAGCGAGUAUGGGGCUCGAGAGCCUUCAGACACGCCGCCGAUUGUGCUCGAAGUGCGCAGCAAACCAGCUCAAGUUGAGGGGAACCAGGAGAUUGUGGACGCGUUGUCUGUGCAUGGAGAGAAACAGCUUUUGAGAUGGCACACCAGUCAAGGAACGGCGUUUAUGCGUGCAGCUCGUCGCCUCCGUGAUGCUGCGGAAUUGGUGACUACCGGAAGUGUGGCUAAAGCUCUGGGUUGUAUUGGAGAUAAGGUCGUCACGUUUAUCGACACUGUGGUCGUGUGCAAGACAAUGGAGGAGGUCGAGGUCACGACGGGCUCGGAUGAAGGAGAACUGCAGUAG